CGAGAGCUGCAAAGAGUACGCUCGCGUUUAUUACGUUAUGUGUUUAUAUAGUGAAGUGUGAUCUGUGAGAAAAUUUCGAAUGUCGUGAAGUCAAAGAUUUGUGUUGUUUUGUGAAAAAGUGCAACUUGUGUGAAAUCGACAUGUUUUCUCUAGUGUUUUAAAAGUGUUUAAAUGAAAAUGUGCAAAGCACCGUGGUGUGCAAAAUUGAUUUUUGCCACGUAGUGACGCGGACGGGUAAUGAUUCCUAAUGUGGAGUUCGAAGCAAGAUGGUUAGAGAGACUCGGCACCUGUGGGUUGGAAACUUACCCGAUAGCAUACGUGAAGAUCGAAUAAGAGAACACUUUAAACGUUAUGGCCGAGUCCAGAAUGUCAAGUUAUUGGGUCGAAUGGAGACCGCAAGCACGGGUGCCAGUGGGGGUUCUAAUAGCGGUGUUUGUGCCACUGUUGCCUUUAUGGACAUCAAGUCCGCUUCGAAGGCGCAUAACAUCGAGCACGUGCUGGACGAACGAACACUUACCACUGAGUAUUACGAGCCCACCGCGAUACCCACAGCAGCGGGAGCGCCAUCUGCCGGCUCAUCCCCCGCCGGCUCUGGUUACUCAGGUUCAUCAUCCUCCGUGAAUUCAACGUCAGCGCCAGCCUCAACUACGCGGUUUCAUCUCUCCGCUGAGGAGAACGCAAACAACACCUGCGCAAUGGCUGCCACGGCGGCAGCGCCGGCUGCAUGGCGGGGAACCAACGAUAGCGCGACGACUGAGUUCUGCCGUCGAGGCAACACGCCCGCCACGUAUGGCAGGUACCACCAGCGAAACAAUGCACCAUAUGCCACGCCACCCUCUAAUACCGAAAGAACAACACCUCUCCACCGGUGGUAUGGCGCGACGGGCGGAGAAAGCACGCCGAGUACGCCGGGUGGCGGGCCGGAGCGGCGCCGGCGGGCUUCAGGAUCUGGUUCGUCCCGCUCUGAGUCCUCGUCUCCUGAGCCCAGUGACACGUCUCGCGGGUCUACGCCGCCCCCGCCUGCACACCACGCCCAUAACAAUCAUCGGACCCCGUCCACGCAUCCACACCAGUGGGCAUCGACAGCUAACGGAAGACCUCUUGCAAUAUGCGUUAGAAAUCUACCGACGAGGUCGACCGAUAGUUCCCUCAAAGACGGCCUUUACCACGAAUACAAGAAGCAUGGUAAAGUGGUGUGGGUGAAGGUGGUCGGUCAGAACGCCGAUCGCUAUGCGGUGGUCCGAUUCAAAAAACCGUCCGACGUAGAAAAGGCACUCGAAGUGUCACAAGAUAAACUUUUUUUUGGUUGCAAGAUCUCUGUGGCCCCUCACCAAAGUUGCGAUGAUGACGCCGAGUCGGCGAAACCCUACGAGACUGAUAUUGAUGAAUACCACCCCAAGGCGACGCGAACGUUAUUCAUCGGAAACUUAGAAAAGGACGUAACCCAACAGCAGUUGCGAGACAAGUUCAAGCAUUUCGGCCGUAUCAUAGAGAUCGACAUCAAGAAGGGCAGUGGCGGCGGGGCCGGCUACGCCUUCUGCCAAUAUGCGUCUAUAUCGAGUGUGGUCGAAGCUAUUAGAGCCAUGGACGGCGAGUACGUGGGCAGUUCCAGGGUCAAACUCGGCUUUGGGAAACCUGUCGCCACUACUUGCGUUUGGGUCGACGGGCUCACGGAACACACGGAGAAGCAGGUCUUGGCGGCAGUAUCCCGGUGCGGCGCUGCAACCUCUGUCUGCGUGGAUCGGGCGGCGGGCGCAGCGCUAGUUCACUUCGAGCAGGCGGCCGCCGCAGGGGCAGCUGUGAGGGAGCUGAGACGCCUGGCCGCGCAUUUGUCUGCUGCUGAACCUGAUCAGCCGAGACUGUGUGUGGACUAUGCGUCGAGGGAGUGCCAGGAUGCAUUUUAUGAACAACUUGAAAAGCACGGAGGUUCAUCCUCCUUGACCAGCUCUGAGCGCCUGGGUACUGACUUAUCUGGAAGAUACGUGCCUACCGCCAGGCACGAUCAACUGAGGUACGAAAGUGGUACAACACGAUCUCGCGCUCCUAGCUUUGGUCGAAGCUCUUCUAGAACGCCACGGUACAACCACGACCAUUACGAUCCGACUGAUUACGCAGCUGAUAGACGAUACAGGGUACACGAGGAAUUAGGGUCAAGUCCACCUACCGAUGAGGCUCCCUACGAAGAUCGACUGCAGUCUGUAGUUGUGUCGCCCCAUCGUGCUCACAAACAUCGUCAUGAUUCAAGUCCAGAAGAUAGAAAGCAUUCUAAAGAACGACACCGUAGCGCCGGUGGCAGUUCAAGAAGAUCUCGUUCGGGGUCACGCGGCGAAAGGCACAUUUCUCGGCGAAGGCAUCGUAAUAAACGGCGCGACGGUUCGGAAUCUCGCGGUUCUCGCACAUCGCGGGCUGGUACACCACUACGAGACGAACCCGAUGCCGUGCCCACGGAGCCGCGACGGCCUCCUCGCGAACGACCCCCUCUACCCAUGCUGCUGCCGCUGCCCAAGUUCGCCCUACAAAUGCUGCGAAAUGCCCCAACGAUCCCUCGAGUCGUACCCGCUCCGGCCCCGGCCUCUCCGCCGCGGCCCCCGUCCGUCUCUUCCUCGAGCAGUGGGUCCGCUCCGCAUUCCCCGUCGCUCGAGGAACGAAUAAGAUCUCUCGACGAGAAAUACGAGCGAUGGUCCGGCUCACGAGCUCACGCCGACGCCCCUGACAGAAGUCGGCUGAGACACAGGCUUCUAGAACUCGACAUCAACGAAGUGAAACCAUCGGAGGUGGUUCGCUCGCUUUUAGCUAAGAGAUCGGUUUUCGACGAAGAUUCAGAACGCUUGGAAGGGGCCGUCAGACCUCCGAGUCCUUGCGGCAGUCCUCGCUCAAUUCUGCAACCGAUGCUACCCCGAGCGCUGCGGUAUCCGUUCCCAAGUCAUCCGCCGCCUUCCGAUAGCUCUGUAAUAUCUACGGAUACUUCUGUGCCUUCAACUGACAGCGAUCGUUCGGAUCCCCGCUUAUUUCGUCUAUCACAAUCGGACAGCGGCCCAAAACUCGAAAAUGAUAAUUCAUUUGACGCUCGAUUACGAAUGCGCACUCCGUCAACAGAUAAACCUUAUUUAGAUAAUGGCGAUAGAAGGGAAUCUGAAACAGAUAAUGAACGAGCAGAAAGACGAAGGAAUUCUAUCUUGCUUCAAAGUGACGAUACUAAAUCAUUGGACUGUGAUUUCACCAAUGAAAAACCCGAUUAUGAUUUCAAACCUGUAUGUAGCUUUUUUCAAGAUCUUCAGGACAAUCAACAAAAGGAAAAAAUGUUCCCUGAAUCUACAGCAAAUUCAAUAGAAAUACAUAUAAAAACAGAAAAAUUGUAUGACGUCAAAGAUGCCGUCGCAGAUGUAAAGAAAGAUCUCGAAGACUAUCAGGAUGAAUUACCCUUUUGGGGUUCUAGACGACAUAGUGUUAAGGAUGUUUCACACCAUGAAAAAAUGGCAGAAAAGCUACCAAAUAAAUUAGAGAAUUCUCUAAAUGUGAAAGCAGAGAAAGUAGCGCUGGAAAAUGUCAACAACGGAAGUCGUGAAAAUACGGAUCAAAUGAAAAUAGAAAUAAAGCAAGAAACAGAAAUAUAUCAAGAAAUAAGUUUAGAAAAUAAAAUAAAUGAAGACAUGGCAAGAAGUGAAUCAAUAACAUUUAACCAUUUAAAAACUGUAAAUUGUAUCGACUUAAAACAUUCACAAGUUGAUUCAUACCUUGAUUCUAAAUCUUCUGAAAAAAGCGAUAAUAAUGUUAUGAACGACAGUCACCAAAACAAUACAAAAAAAUGUGAGACAAAAAAUGAUACCUUGAUACAUGAUAAAACUGAUAAAGAGCCAAUAGAAGUCAACUCUGAAAGAGUAAAAGCAGAUGAUAUAGAAACACCGUCAUCUGUUAGUAAGACCUUUGACUUAUUGAAAGAUUCAGAAAAUCCUUUGAAAUCUGAUCGUGACAAAAUAAAACACAAUAAAGACCGCACUGAGAAGGACAAAUGUGAGCUUAGCAAAGAAAGGCCACGUAGUAGUAAACACUCGAAAUUGGAUAGACAUGACAAAGAAAGGAAAGUUAGAGAUGAUUCAACGACUAAACACAACGCAGAAAAAAGCGAUAAAUUGAAAUCCGAACGCGAUAAUGAUAAAAGUUCUGAUCAUCAUUCAGUCAGGGAUCGUGAUGUGGAAAAGUCGAAGCAAACUGAAGACACCAAAAUGCGAACCGAUAACCAUAAUCAUAAAAAAGACAAAGGAGAGAGAAGACGAGAACUGGUUGAAAUUGACCCAUUUUCGUGUAAAUCUAGAAAAGAAGAUAGGCCAAAGCAUGAUCGUCAACGAAAGGAUGGUACUGAUAACAAACGCGAAAAACAAAGAGAAUCUGAAGUUAGCAAAAGUAGGAAGUCUUCAAGAGACGAAUCAUCAAAAGAAAUUACUAGAAAAGAUUCAACGGACUCUACUGCAUCUCGUACUUCACACGAAUCAGCAAAAAUAAAGGAUUUAGAAACAAUUGAUACUAAAGAAGAGGUCAAGCUAAAAAUUAAACAAGAAAACGAACUUAUAACUAAACACGAGUCCAAAAUAGCGGUAGAAAGUAAUGACCAAAUAGAUAAAAAAAUUAAAUUAGAAGUGAAAGAAGAAAAACUUCCAAACGAUAUCACUCAUAAAAAUAAAAAUCCCACCACUUCUGAUUAUAUACAAAAAUGCAAGACUGAGAAUGAAAAGCCUCGGCAUUUCUCGUUUGAUGCAACAAAUGUAGAGAAUAAACGCAAGGAGCGUCUUAGUUCAUGUUCCAGUUUGCCAUCCAAUAUUGGGGGGCAUAAAAGAAGAAUGUCAUCACAAGACAUCCUUGAAAGUUUGGACGAGGAAAUAAAAAAGAGUAAAAAUGAUAUAAAAAGUUCAGAUAAACGUGACUUUAAGGAUUCCAAAUCUAACGAUAAGAAUAAGACGCCGAAGUUUAAUAAAUGUCAUUUUGCUAAACUGUUUGAAAGUAAGACCAAAGAUGACAAAAAGAACCAAGUUAAACCGCCUGAUGAUUUGUUUACUCCUUUAAAAGAUAGUGAUGUCAAAGAGCUGUCUGAUAAAGUGAAAAGCAAAUCAGAAGAAAAACAUAAGAAAGAUGAAAAGCCAAUGGUAUUUUCUGAAACGCGAACAGAAGUGCAAAAUAAUUUAGAUUUUCUUGCUAUAUUUGAGUUGAGAUCUAGUGAAGAAGAUGAAAAACAGAGAGCAUUAACAAAUGAAAUGAAAGAAAAGAAAAGAAUUCAACAGUUACAACAAAUUCAAGAGCUCCAAAUGCAACAAGUUGUGCUACAAAAUUCAGAUCUCAGAUUAAAGGAAGAUAAAAGGCAUAAGCAUGAUGAAAAGAAAAAAGAGUGUGCUCGUGAGAAACGAAUGUCAACCGAACGAAAAAGUAAAGAUAUGGAUCAGAAAAGAAAAAGUCGAAAGCAAACACAAAGUAGUGAUACCUCGGAUUCAGAUGAACCUAAGAAACAUUCUAUUUUUGACAUAGUAGAUGAUGGUCCUACAUACAUUUCAAUGUACGACAAAGUUAAAGCUCGAUCUUGUAAAAAUAUGCAAAAACAAGAAGAAGAAAAACGUCAAGAGAAAAUCAAAGCGAAGUUUAGUCAACUAAAACAAAGUAGAGCUAAACGAGAAGAAAAGAAAAGAUCAAGUUGGGAUGAAGAUAGUGAUUCUGACAUCGACAGACAAAAACAUAUGAAAUCAUCAGUUGAUAGCUCUUCUGAUGACGACAGAAAUAUGGUUCACAGUCAGAGUAAAAGACAUGAUAAUUUACAAAGAUCGUCGCUCAAUUAUGAACGACAUAGUGUCGAUGAUUACUUUAGUUUAACAAGUAAUGAAGAAGAUCUACGGAAUAAACUAUCUCGUAAAAACUCACGUACACGAAUUAUGUCUGAUUCAUCGGAUGAAGAAACAUUAAAGAGGGAUAUGAGUCCGAACCGAAUGGGCGAUUUAAAGAGGGGUUAUUUGUCUGACAAUGGUUCAUUGCGCGAAUGUAAGGAUAAACAUAACUUUAUGAAGGAAUCUACAAUUGAAGACAAAGUUAAGAAAACAUCGCUUCUCAAUUUAUUUGGUAAAAGCGAUAGUGAUGAUAAUAGACUUAAAUCUAAUACAGAAAAUGAUAGUGACUAUAAAACAUCAUUUGGUAAAUCAAUAUGUAAUGAUAUUUCUUCUGAAAACGAAUCUCUGCCUUCAAAGAACACUUCUAGUGACAUUAGAAAAAAACAUAGGAAGAAGCAAAAGAAGCAUAAAAUUUCAUUUUCAGAUGAUGAUAAUAAAACGGAAAAUUGUGAUGAAAAUCAUGAUCGAGAUAAACAUAAGAACGAUUCGUUAAGAAGACACAGUAAAAAAGAAAAACGUAAAGACAAAAUACGCGAAAGUUUUGACACCGAUGAUACUAAAGAUGACAAAUCUAAAAGUAAAAGAGAUAAAAGACCAUCUACUGAGAAUUUGCAGGAAUCAUUUACUGGGAAUGCAAAAAGAGAAGGAAAGAUGGAGGAUAUAUUCGGUCCACUGUCGGACGAUUCAGAUAAGGAAACGAGAAAUAAGUUAGAAAUGUCAGCAGUGGAAUACGAUUCUGUAAAACUGAAUAAAGAUACCACUGAUAGAGAUGACAGUAAAAGAAGAAAAGACAGAAAACGAAAAGAUAAGAAACUGUUUUCCAAAGAAGAUGAUAAUAGUUUGGAUGUUGACGCAGUAAGCAAAGCAAUAGAAGCUCGAUUGUUUGCGGAUUCUAUGAGUAGUGAUGACAUUAAGACAAAUGAGCCAUCAGAUCUAUUUAAAACUAAAACAAAAUAUGACGACUGUAAUGUCAAACUUGGUGAUAUUCCUCGAUCUGAAAAGGUGCUUGAAAAGUUCAAGAAGGAAUGUAAAGAGAAAAAGAAGAAGAAAAAGAGAAAUAGGGAGGAUCGACAAAGUCGCAAAGAGCAUCAUUAUUAUGAAAAUGAAAGGUCUUCUAAGCCAGAUAGUAACAUUUUUGAAAGACACGUGGAUAUGUCUCCGAAAACCAUCUUAAAUAUACCUCUUCCGAAUGAAAAAAUAGAUACCGACAAGUCUGAUGACGCCAAAUCUCUUUCAGAGUCUCCUAGCUUGCCCCGUUUAACUGACAGUCCACCCUUUGCUGUUAAAUCGGAAGAUUUAAGUUCUAAAAAUACUGACACAGACAGUACUAGUCAGUUGUCAAUCGAUGACAGAGUUUCCAUUCAAAGUUAUGACGAAACGAAGUGCGUGGAAAUUGACGACAUUCCAAUGCCUCCACCCAUUGAGAGCAACGUUGUUCAAGACAUCAGUGAAGUACCUCUACCAGAAGAUCCACCUGCAAACCCCACACCAGCUGCUCCCAAUUGUGAUCUCGAGACAGAUGAUUCAAUACAAACUGUAGAUCACCAAAAAGCAACGGAUAUCAGUGACGACGCGGUUAGAAGUAUACCAAGCGCCGAAAAAGUACCAGAGAAACAAAUAGAAGCAACAACUACAGAUAUUCAAAUUAAGAAGAUAGAAGAAAAACCAAGGGCUAUAAUUUCUCAAGAAGAAACGGAAGAUGCUGUUGCGGCUUUGCUAGGGGAAAGUUUUGGAGGAAAAGAAGAUGCUUUUGCAAAUUGUUUCGAGGAAGUAGUGAACAAUGAUACUAAUCAAAUUGAAACUGAAAAUUCUUCUAUUGAAAAUGAGAAUAUUCCCGAGGCAGACGCCGAAGAAAUGAGACAAGCCGUACAAAAUUUAAAUGCUUGUGAAAUGGAGAUAAAACCCGAUACGCCAGUUUCUGACAGUGAUUUUCUUCUUAUAGACACUGAUACUGAAGAAACUGAAGAGACUUCACAAGAUGCUUCAGAAAAAAUACCCGUCAAUGUGGUAUCUGCAUCCCAGUCUAGUAACAUAAAGUUACCGCCAACAGCUGAACCCUCAAAUGUUAUCGUUUCAAAACCUAAACCAAUGGUAGUUCAGACAAGUCCAAAAAUACAGGUUUCAUCAAGUUUACUGAGUGCAAAAAUAUCUGAAAGUAACAGCUUUAUAUCAACAUCUCCCGUAAAGCAGGAAUCAUUAACAGCAAUCACUUCAGCACCAACGCCUGUUAUUACAUCAUGGACAUUGACCAACAAUAAAAUCGAAACGCAUACCGUCAAUACGCCCAUAAGUAAAGAUGACGGGAAAUCACCUCGAAUAACAACAAACAUUUUACAAAUUAGGCCAUCACAAAUUAGUAACACUCUCAUGACCAGUCCAAGUAGACUUACCGCACCAUAUCAAGUGAUAAAUCGUAUGAAUAUGAAUCAAAGAAGCCAACAACAACUAUCCAAUAUGCAACCACCAAUGAUUAAAAUACCCGAGAACCACGUUUUGUAUCAAAAACCGCAAGGAAUAGUUAUAUCUCCGCGGUUGGCUAAUGAUUCCAGACUACAAAGUCCAAAAGGUGCACAAAAUGAGGGUCUGUCGUCUCCUCGACUCGCUAACAUGACAAUAUUAUCUACGUCACCGCAAAGCCUUAAUUCUGUUGGAAUGACAUCGCAGAACGCUUUGCAGCAAAGGUCGCCAGGACACGUUACUGUUGUGCGUAUGCAGCAACCUCCCCUGAGUCCUCUUCACAUCCCACAUGGAGCGAGAGCUAUGAUAUCACCCAAUAGACCAAACUCUGUCUUAGUACAGACACAAGGAGCCCCAUUACAUUUCAAUAGAUUGCCCAUGACACCAGUUUUAGCUCCUAUAUCAAAACAAUUAGGUCCUAAUUUACCCCAGCAAAAUAAGAAUAUAUGCGUUCAAAGCUCAACUGUAUUACAACAACAAAAAGGGAGAUCUGGGGAGCCAGUGAAAGCCGAAAACCUAAACGAAAAUACUAAAAUUAUUUUGUCUCCCACUCGUUUACCACCAAAUUCAAACCCUUCUUUGAUGACUAAUAGGAUGUUACCAAUGCAAAAUGCUCUACACGUUGGUACGGUGAACUCUUUACAUUUAUCCAACAAAGUUUUGAUUAACAAUAAACCAUCAUUCGAAAAACGAGAUAUUCAACACCAAAAAACAGAGCAUGGUUCGUUAUCAUUUAAUACGUCUCCUAUUGUACACGUGGCUAGUAUUAAUGAGUCACCUACAUCACACAUACAAACUGUUUCUAAGCCAGUUAUGUGUAAUAUUCAAGAAGGGGGUUCUAACAGAGGACAAGGUCAAAAUGUUAUUCAUGCAAUUAACCAACAACGUAUAAUUACAGCAACUACGUUAAACAAUAUUAUACAAAUUGAUAACAAUAAAGGACAACCAACAGUCUUAUCAGUAGCAACAAUUCGUCCACCAGCAGUAUUCACUAAAUCGGAAAUAUCAAAUGCGGUAGCAGUGACAACGUCAAGUUUAACGAAUGUUGUUAUGACUCCACUUUUACUUAAAACGACAUCUAAUGUUAAUAUACCCAAUCGACUGAAUACUCGGACUGACCAUUUUGAAAAUAAUCAUCUCUUAACUGUCAAUCGUAUCGGUAACAAUCAGGAUGAAAAAAUUUAUGAAAAGAACGGUGAUGAUAAAAAUACGAUUUUAAAGACUAUUCCACCUUUAAAGUCACCAGAAUCAAUUGCGAAAUGUGGAACUGAUUUUGAAGAACUUUUGAAAGAUAAUACGAAUGAAAUUAAGGUUACCAAUGAUCCAGAGAAAAAACUGGAAGUGAAUGUAGGCAAGACUGUUACGGUUAUAACUCAGGGCAAUGAUAGGGCUGAUGAUUUUAUAAAGCAGUGCGAGAAAUCUGAUAAAACAAGUAAUGAAAAUUCCCAAGAGUGUGAAGGAAUUAUAAAAACAAACAGCGUAGAUAUUGUUAAAGAAGAGAAAAAACUUGAAAGUGUAACAGAUUCAAAUCUUGCGGAGAAAGAAAGUAGCUUUCUUCGUUCAACCAUAAUGGAUAAAUCACCUGAUGUGGAGAAAUCGCCAUAUAUGAACCCGCAUAAUUCAGAUAUCAAAAUUGAUCAAUCUAAACUUUUUAACUCUGAUAACCCGUAUAAAGAACUUUCAGCUUUUCGUGUAUCGCCAAGUAAUAAGGAAAACAAUGAAAAUGAUAUUCACACUCCAGAGGAGAAUGAAUUUUGGAGCACUAAAGAUCAAAUUAUAGAAUCUGUUAUAAAGAAAGUUGAUUCUCUUUGCAAUGAAACUUUUGACGUUAAUAUCAAGGCGCAUAUCUAUAAUGCGGUCACAGACGUAACUCCCCAAGACCAAAUUAAUCAACAUCAUCAAGUUUCAAAAGAGAUUGAAAUGAAUUGUAAUGACAAUAAUAGUCAUUUUGGCGACACUACUGUUAAAGAGGAAUUCGCAGUGGAAAAAACAACACCAAGUAAGAGGGGCGGACGUGGUAACAGAGGUAGAAAAGCUGAAAAACAAGACAGGGUACAAACACGCCAAAUUUCCAAACCAGCUCGAGGUGGCGGUGUUAGUAAAAGAGGUAGAGGGCGCUCCACUAAAGUGGACAAGAAAGUUAAGAGCCUCGCAAAUAGUACCUUCCAUAAUAUGCCUGGAGAUGUUUAUGAUUUUCACGAAGAUUCUGGCGACGAAACGGCGGCUUCAGCUAACAACUCUGAAUCAAGGCCGCGAUUAAUUCUAACCAUAAAAAGUCCGCUUUCAGGAAACGCGGGCGUCAUACCAACUUCCACACUAAGCAUUACUCAAAAAGAUACCAUCAAAGUACAAGAGAAACCUAAAGAAGAAAAAAGUGAAGUGUUUGCUUCGCCCUCUACUAAUACUCGGAAAUCGAGAAGACUUCAAGAAAAAGAUAUACAAAAGGGCUCUCCAGAUGACGUUUUAGACGAGGUUGUGAAGGGAACUCCGGCAAAUAAAAUCAAUGCUCGGGACACCAAUAGAAAGAGGCCCCUGAGACAAGCUGGUGCCAAACAAGCUGCGGACAAAUCUCCUUCAGAUACGAGGAAGUCACCGAGAGGUACGAAGAGAUCGAGAGACAGUCUAUCUGAUGCUUCUGUCGACAGUUCUGACGAAAAUAACAAAAAGGAAGAAACAACCAAAGACGCCAAAGUACCUAAACUUAAUGAACCGGCUGUCCAAAUGCCUGUGAUGGAAACGGAGACUAUCGUCAAGAACGUGCCGCCGCCGCCAGUUGUGAUUUCACAUCCUCAACCUGUAGUCAAUCCAACUCCUAUUAUGAAACCACCAAAGAAAAUGAUAUCAGAAAUCAGUGCGAAAUUAGCGAGUGCAUUCGAAGCGGCUGCUAGUCUUCCACCGGUAGUGAUAUCUGCGCCGGUGAUCGCCACCACUCCUGCGCCCACUACGGUACCCGUCGCUUCGCCCGGCCUCGAUCGCAUUAUUCCACCACCUUUGGAAAGGCGACUGGUCGAAUUAGAACCGCCCAUUCUGACUCAUAGAGAACCCAGGCCGGCUGAACACAUUCCGACCCAAGAGCCCAUGAGCGUUUCCCUCGGAGAAGCCUCGGAUAUGACAAGCGUAGAGACUGGUCACAUACGGCGCUUGGUGGAUAAUGUUCCUGCUAAUAUGAUGCCUGUAGGAGCAACAGAGGCGACGGACGCCAGAGUACAAUCACCCGCUCUGCCUCACAGACCGCCCUCGACUCAUCGGCCCGCCGAUCGCGCGACGCCUAUUCUUAUCAGAAGCGGCGGCGAGGGUUUGGAAGGUGCGGGCGCAGCGGGGGCGGCGGCAGCUGGUGCGGCGGCGGCAGCUCGUGGCUUCCGAGGAGCCUACGCUGGCCCUGCUAGUCUACCCAGAGGCGCGCACCACCCACCUCCACCCACUACCAAGCAAGUUGCCAUCGUUGGACCUCAUCAUCACCAUCCAGGUUCUCGAGUAACAAUCACCAGUGUGCCAGCAAUCAGCCCUCAAGGACAAGUGAACAUGGGCGACGGAAUGUAUCCCCAUUUCUCCCAACAUCACUAUCAAAUGUAUCAGCAACAUUUCCGCGCGACCCAACAAGAUAUGCGGGCUAGCGCAUCGCCGUUCCCAAGAUGCGGAGGUGGCCUGGAAGCAGAAGGCAGCGAAGCCCCAACUCCACCUUUGGAGCUUCGGCGGCCUCCUUCGGCAAGAGUGCCGAGACCGGCUCACUCGCCCUCACCUGCUGACCGACAUAUACUAUACGCAGUGCGCUGCGGGCGCUCCCCUCCGCCGGCGCACGGCAGCGGUCGACCCCCAAGUGCCCUGCCACCUCCCGCGGCCCCCGGCCCCCCACAUGCCAGCCAGGUGCCCAGGGAGGCCGACUCCCUGCAGAUGCUACUGAGGCGCUACCCCGUGAUGUGGCAAGGCCUCCUCGCCCUGAAGAACGACUCGGCCGCCGUCCAGAUGCACUUCGUGGGUGGAAGUGCGGGCGUGGCCGCCGACGCAUUAUCUCGCAGCGCAGACGGCGCGGCAACGUCGCUUCUGCGUAUCGCGCAGAGGAUGCGACUCGAGCCUGCCCAGUUGGAUCAAGUGCAUCGGAAGAUGAAGAUGGAGAACGAGCACUGCAUGCUGCUGGCUCUGCCGUGUGGUCGCGAUCACAUGGACGUGCUCCAGCAGUCGACCAACUUGUCUGCGGGCUUCAUCACCUAUCUGCAGAGGAAACAAGCCGCUGGCAUUGUCAACGUCGCACCCUCGCCGCGGCACCAACAGUCCAUGUACACCGUACACAUAUUCCCUUCGUGCGAAUUCGCCAACGAGAACCUCAACCGAAUCGCACCGGACCUUAUGCACCGCGUGGCCAACAUAGCGCAUCUGCUCAUCGUCAUCGCUACGGCCAUCGGAUGAACACGACUCCCGGACCAGACGAAUUCAACUAAGGAUUGACCCCGGCUUGUAGCCGCCCCACUACCGCGUGGGCCCUUCGGCCCUUCGCCGUGAACGGAGAUAAGGAGACAUCAGUGUGAUUACAAGUGAUCGUCAUCGCCAUAGUGACAGUGACAGAGGCCCCUCGAACAACCGACGCGACCUAGUGACAGUUUAAUUCAUUAUCUUGUAAAUAAUAUCCAGGUUGUGAACUCAUUUUAAAGUUUAGUUAUCGGUCGAGUGAUGAGCCAUAGACUAGCGGAUCCGCAAGUGAAGUGUAAAGUCUCACCUAGCAUUAAGCGUAUUUAAGUGUAAGAUAAGACGUCAUUUUGUAAUAUUUUGUUGUGGUCGACUGCGCUCGGCCUUAUUCGGAGUUUAUUAUUAAAACUAAUAUUAAGCAAAGUCAAGUUCGUAAAUAUUUGGGUUCCGCUGGAGAUGAGUGGCGAUCGAGCAUUUUUAUUGUUAGUGUAAAUUGUUAUUUUGUUUUAAGCGUAGGCGUAAACUAAUUUAAACAUGUAAAUACCGAUCUAUCCGUACUAAAUCUCGAUUCACUAAGGUCAUAGCAGUAACCGAAUGGAAUUCAUUGAAAACAAAAUCGAUACGAGUGAAGUUUGAAAUGGCUAAUUUAAAGUAAUUUAAAAAUAUAAAACACGUGGAAAAUAAACUGUGAUUCUGACUUUUAACGUAGGGUUAGUUAGGUAUAGAGCCGAGCAGUAGAGUAACGACAGCGGCGCAUGCGUUGCCUUUUAGCGAAUACUGUCAUCGUUUGUAGUUUAACGGUAAUAUAGACUUGUAGUGAUAUUUUCUUUACACAUUCGCACCGGGUUUUCAUAUUCUUUUAUAGUUUAUUAUUUAUUUUAACGUUCGUCUUCAUUAGUUAUAUCGUAUGCAUGUUAACCUUCACAGGAUAACAUUCAUACGAUUAAAACGAAAUAUCCGAUCCAAAUAUUGAAAGUGUGCCGAUAACGAUAGUGUAUAGGGACGAUUUAAAUUCUAGAUACCUAUUAACCGAGGAGUAAUAUUGACAAAUGUCAAACAUUUUUACUCCUUCGUUACUACUGUCUAUUAUUUAGAAGCUGUUGAAGGAUGUAACACGCCGUUAUCCUUCGGAUUAAUUCAUUCCACGUUAACCGCCUCGCGCCAACGUAAAGUACGCAAGUAAAGUUGUGACCGUGAGACAACACAUCGGGCGGGUGUACGCGUACACCGAGAUGUACGUAUACGUAAAUUUACGAGCACGCGCCCGUUGUCUUGUCGAAACUGAUUAGGUUUUGCUACCGUGACGCUAGCGAUGUUUCACCUCAUUCACCGCUGUUGCUUAUGCGGGAUCGUAUGAGAGAGCUUUUAGGAUUACGUUUAAUAUUUUCUCCUUUUUUUCUGAAUAUUUUUUUUAGAUAAGGUUUUUUUAUAUCAUUUUCUAUUAAUAGUUAGCCAUAAUUUUUGUUAGUUUUUUACCGCCUUUACAAAUACUUUUUAAAUUUAAUUUAAACCACCAUUGGGUUUCCUUUAGGGUCUGCUCCGACACUCGGCAUACAAGAAUUCAUGUAUGAAACCAUAGAAACAAUAGAUUUCUUUACAUCCUCGAUGUUCCAAAGUCGUCUCAAACGUGGUCCCUUAAAGGCUCUCUUACUGAACGUUGGAAAUUCCCAGUUCCAAAUAAAACAAUAUUGUACUUCUCGUAACGCAUCGUCUGCAUAUUCCCACUCGGGCGAGUCCCUCGGUUCGUCGGCUUCGGUCGGAAUAUCGCAUAGUUAGAAAAAUUGCGACCCCGUCACGUCGCGUGUAAAACUAAAGUACAAAAUAUUUUAUGUAAUUUUAUAAUAUAUAAACGAUAUACAGCGCAGCCAUGUUAUGUAUAUUCAUCGAUUAGUAUAUGUAAAUGUGUAUGGUGUAUGGUGUAUGGUUUGUUCUCCGUCGCAAACGGUUCUCGAUUUAGCUAAGAACACUAACGAACUCGUCACUUCGUCCAUUAAUUUUAAAAAUAUAAUUUAAUCUAUAAACGGAUGCCCGAAUACACUUAUUAUUUGUCUCCUUAUGAAGGAACUCGAUGUAAAUAAAACUUGAAAUAUAGCAAUACAUUAUUUAGAGUCGAUAGUAAGGAACUUGUAUAAAUUAAGCGACACGAGAAUUAUAAAAAGAAAUAUUUAUUCAAAUCAAAAUCGGUAUUUACUAUUAUUUUAGUUGUUUACUGUGAUGUGAUUAUUUUUGGCGACACUUACAGCUAUACUAUAAAUGAUCUUUAUCGUAAUGUAUAAUAUCUCCUUGCCCGAUGAAUAAUUGCAUCCGAAAUUAUUUGCUAUGCAAAAUUAUUGUCAAUUACUAAAAUGUAAUGUUCUUCAGAAGAUUUUCCAUAUUUGAAAAACCACCAUUGUUCGUAGCGGUUAUAAUUUUCGACGAUGUUAACUAGUAAUUUAACGCAGACUUAAUAGUUUUAAGAUUAGUUACGUGAGAAGUAUAAUAUAGUUUUGUUUUAUUUGGAUUAGGUUAGAGGGGGGCGGGACGAAGGCGCGGCGCGAGAGUGCGAGUGAGGGUUAGUGUAAAUGUAACACAUUUGAUCUCAAGUGAAAGCAAGUGAACGCGAGGACUUACAGCCGCGCCCUUCGUCCCACUCACUUAGCUCUUAAUGUCGAAAUGUAAGGAAAUAAAAAUAUUGUGAUCAUAUUUCUACUGUAACUUUAAAAUGCUAGAGUUUAGAAGUAAUUGUAUAUUUUGUAAAUAUUGAAAUAGUAUUGUAUCUUUACUUCCCAUUAUCCAAAAACCCAGAACUCCUGCGUGUUAUUUACCUCCUACCUACCAAUACUAUUAAAAAAAUAAUACAUAA